CCGGAAUCUACGUACAAGACACAUCGACGUCAGCCCACAAUUGUACAGUACUCACUAGCACCAUCCUAUUAGUAUAAACACCUCAGCUAUCACAGGUUUCUGCUUGAUUCCUGUCGCUACGGAUCCAGCUCCCAAACCAGUGUCGCCGUCGGCGGUCGCCGAGUCGGGCCAGCGGGUCGAACGACUUCCCAGCCUUCGGACGCCCAACGAGCGGGAGAUCUUCAUAGACAAGAGCCGUUAGGCCUUGAGUGGCUGCUAGUGACACUAAUGGUCGAUGCACAGGACGACACUAAGGAUGUCCCGGUGUCUCUGUGUCCUCAGUCCGCUACGUCCGGAAGAAGCAUACCUUCCGGCCACCAUCUGGAGAGUGGACGGGACACUCGCAACGCAGCGUCUGUUCAUUUGCGCAGAGCUCAGCCGCUCACGCUGCAGAGGAUCGGGUCAGCAAGAUUGCAAACUGAACAAGUACUGUUGUCUUCUAGCGUUAUGCCCACGAUCAUCCGGGCGCACUGGAUCGAUACAGGUUCGUGUUGGGUUCGUGGCAUGUCCGAUAGAUGUCGUGUCAACCGCUGUCUUUCCGGGCAUGCUCACUGUAUCCGAGCUGUGUGGAAGACACGUUGUACGUCGCUUGCACGCCAUGGUCAUCAUGACCUUCGAAUAAUCGCAAAGCUACUGGCAAUGUACAAUCUGCCGCCCGUAUCAAUAGGGGGAAGAAUCCCCGUUAUGUGGAGAUACAUGCGCAGAACAGAUCGAGUUCUCAUCAAUUCUGCGGAUGUAUACGACAUCUAUCUUCUCUGUCAUACAGAACCGCGCCGUAAAUUCCCUCUAACAAUGCCUAGCCGUUCGAAUGAUGAGUGGACCCACCACCUUCCAACAUCUUCCUCCAGCGCUCGAUCCCCUUCAAACGGCAACACCGCCAAUUGCAACAUGCCGGUGCGUCUGCCUCCCCUCGUGCUGGGCGGUCGUGCCGUAACGUUGAGUCACUGUCCGACCAGCUGACCCCUAGGCGCGCUCGCCGCCCGUCCGAUGUCGUGUCUGUGCGUCUGGACGAACGCACGGCAGACGUACGAGGAUAUCCUGAGGCACGAAGGU